AUCUUCAACCAAUUUUUUUUCCCCGUAUUUCAUUUAACGAUUAUAGUGACAAGCAUGAGAACCAGGUAUCAUACCCUACAUUAUUUCAAAAAGAACUGACACUCUCGCUACUGGAUCGAUAUUAACCAACCAUAGUUUCUAACAUAACCAGCGCAAGGAAAUUGGCUUUCAAAUGAAUGGAAUUUCAUCGAAUUCGGUCGAUCCGUUUGACAGCUACUAUGCCAGAAACAGACAGACACGCGCACACACACCCAGACGUUAAUGUCAAACUCAUAGCACCCCUUCUUAAGAAUCCCCCACAUCGGUCCAUUUACCCAUUAAACGUCACAAUUUAACAUAGUGCAGCUUAAAGGUAUGACGCCUUGUUCUUACUUACGGCAAUAACAAUGAAAAUAAAAUUGAAUUUAUUAAACGCUAUAAUACUACCAAUCGUUUAUACUUAACGGCGCACGAACUAACUGCCGACUUCCAGUCAUUGAAGACUGGCGUAUCUAAACGCCUACGUCACGCUUCUCAGUCACGGGCCUUGUAAGCUCACGGAGAGCUAAUGACAGCCAUCCCAGCGCACAUCCAAAAAGUACAACUUAUUUUUAUAGCGUGCAUCAAACCAUUGAUAGCCGGCCAUUUGAAAAGUCAGCACGCCUUAUAGCUUCCGUUGACGGAAGGCGUCAAUUUAAAAAACAUAUAUAACUAUUGAAAAUAAUUCACAAUGAACUUGAGGCUGCACAUAUUUCUCAGCCAGUUCUUGUGGCUUGUGUCCGUGCUGAAAGGGAAAAGUCUACAAGGCAUACCGGGUUACGGCAGGAAUUUAUUGAUCAAAACGAUACCCGCUGUAGAAGACUACCAGAGCAAUGUUUACGAAGUAUUCAUGGAGCCGUACUUAUAUGAACUUGGUACAACCUAUCCACUAGACGGAGACCGCUCACAGAAACAGAUCCAAAUACCCAUUGGACCACAGCCAAUUCCCGGAAUCCAAGCCAUAGUUCACCUCCAAGACGAUGAAGAAUCCGGCGUGGAGGGAGAUUUAGUAUUCACGCAGUUAGUUCCAAACGGACCAGUGUCCAUCGAGGGAAACAUUACAGGACUGUCCCCGGGACUUCAUGGACUACACGUACACCAGACUGGCGAUGUUGAUGACAAUUGCAAAAAGAUUGGUCCCCAUUUUAUUGCUUAUUACGGGCGUCACGGAGGUCCGCGGGACGCCGUCCGCCAUGUUGGCGAUCUUGGUAAUAUAAAAGCCGAAGAGGGCGCUACUUUAGAUGUCAAAAUAGUCGACCACCUCAUAUCACUUACCGGCCCGAGGUCUAUCGUUGGCCGGUCAUUAGCUAUAAGCAAAAGUGAAGACGACUAUGGAAGGUCCAGUACUGAGGAUAGCGCCCUAACCGGCACCUCGGGUCCUGCUAUAGCCUGCGGCAUUAUCGGCUAUCUUAAUUAAUUUAGCAUUUUAUCGACAAGCAACAAAUUAAGUUCUUAAAAUACAAUAUACGUCAUAGCUGUAAAACCAUUGACAAAUGCAGCUGUCAGUGUAUAAUGUCAUAGAUAAUAAAUAAAUAUGUUUUUACCCA